CCAGGAUGCACCGGAGAGUAGGUCCGGCCUUUCGGGUGGUCAGGAAGAUGGCGGCCUCUGGGGCGGAGCCGCAGGUCCUGGUACAAUACUUGGUGUUACGAAAGGAUCUAUCACAAGCUCCGUUCUCCUGGCCGGCGGGCGCACUGGUAGCGCAGGCUUGUCACGCGGCCACCGCGGCCUUGCACACUCACCGCGACCACCCGCACACCGCCGCUUACCUCCAAGAGCUGGGGCGCAUGCGCAAAGUGGUCCUUGAGGCCCCAGAUGAGACCACCCUAAAGGAGCUGGCUGAGACCCUGCAACAGAAGAACAUUGACCACAUGCUGUGGCUUGAGCAACCGGAGAAUAUCGCCACUUGCAUUGCUCUCCGGCCCUACCCCAAGGAAGAAGUGGGCCAGUAUUUGAAGAAGUUCCGAUUGUUCAAAUGACUGCUGCUUUGAUGUGUUUGAAUACCAGCUGGAUCCAGAAACAGCAGGCCACCCAUUCCAAAGCAUGUGCUUGCAGCAGCUUGCUCCCAUCUUUCAGUUGUGACAGUUUCUUGAGGGUUCAGCGCAUGUUCCUAUUAAAGUUGUCAUUAAUAACUA